AAGACACUGCCUCUUCAGACCGGUGCCCAAAAAAAUAAAAUAAAUAAUGCAGUGAGAAAAGUGCUAAACAAUUAGGCAUCCGCAUAACUGGCGAAUAAAAACAGGAAGUUGCACUUUUUUUUGGGCAGUGCGUCGUCCAUUUUGUCUGUUGUGCGUGUGCCAGUGUGUGUGCGUGUGCGUGUGUGUGCCUGUGUGUGUGACUGAGUCCGUUUCCGGUCCAGUCAAUCAACAGCAACAGCAACAGACUUGCUUGUAUUUUGCAUUCGCAUUUGGCCAAAAACGCAGGACCACAAUAGCCCUAAAUCCUCUGAAUCGUAGCCAAAACGAAACAAAACGCAAUAAAUAAAUAGGAAAAACGCGCGCGCAACAGACGCCACGCCACGCCACGCCCCCGCCCCCAACGGCAUCCUCUUCCUCCGCACGAGCGGAAGCAAAACAAAGGGAAAACAGGACAGCAGGCAAGGAGGCGAAAGGAAACGAGAGGAGAACAAAGCAAGCAGCCGCAAAGGAAACGCAUAUGAGCUGAACGGCAGGAUAUAAACCCCAAAAAAAAACGACCAAAUUGCGAAACCAAAAGUCUUGAGAAUAUUCAACUGCUGCUGCAAACCGUAUGACUGAUUUUUCAAUUUGAGCAAAGCAUAGCGAUUACCUACCUUCCUAAGAACUUUAUACCAGCUUACAACUAUACACCCGGAUAUCCAUUUGCGUAUUUGAAUGGCACGGCAAUAGCGCCGAUUAUCUAGGAUUAUAUAGUAGAGCGCUAGCAAACGCAUUCCGUAGAUAGUUUUUUGUACUCAAACCUGAAAGUAUCUACAUAUAUACGUACGUAUCUACAAAUAUCCGAUCUGAUCCGAUAGAUAGGAAGCGAAAGACAGGAACAGGAAGAGUAGAAGGAUCAGCGGAGGAGCGAAAGGAAUGCAGCGGUGUCCCUACAUUCAUGAGAUGCGCGAAAGAUUACUGGACCAGCCGCGGGAGACACUACAACUGGAGAACAUGGAGCGGGCCAAUCUGCUCGACAACCGCCAAUCGGCAUCCGAAUCCAACCAGGUCGGCACUGUGGUCAAGCUGCAGGGCGAUGGCUACCACACGAGUCCUGCCCACCAGCGUACUCCACUAGUGCCGCACGAUCUCGGCGAGGACUUCAAUUUGGAUUUCGACGAUGAUUUUCCGAUCGAUGCGCGCCGACCGAAAAAUGCCAACGACAAACAUCCAGCGGUUCUGACGCGCCCACAGCAAAGGACAUCGCUGUUCAUCGUGACCAGCCUGGUGUACGCGAUCCUACUGAUCGUUGUGUGCAUCGCCUACGUAAUCAGCGAUGUAACCACCCACCGACUGCCGGUUUUGUACUACGAGACAUUCUUCACAUAUCUGUACGGCGUCAGCAUACUCUUCCUCCUCUACGUCUUCUGUUUCCUGCUGCAGGAGAGCUCUUGCUGCAAUGGCGGCAAUGGUGGCAGCAAACCGAAACCCCAGCCCAAGGAGAAGAAGUCGAAGAAAGCCAAAAAUGCCGAUCCGGCCGAUUCGAAGGACGCGAAGGGCUCCAAGGACUCUGGCAAGGCAGCCAAGGGCGCCGCAUAUCAGGAGGCACCUGUGGACGCCGAGGUGGCCGUCACCCCAAAGAAUGUGCGCAAGCGCAAGACAACCCAUAGUGAUCUGACGCACGGCAGCUUCUUCCUGCGAGUGGGUGCCAUUGCUUUCGGCUUGGGCGCCAUGAUCUACAUUGGCCUGGAGUUUGGCUCGUUCUUUGAGAUACCCUUCGAUUCGCCGUGCCAUCACAUCCUGAUCGGCGUGAAUCCGCUGCUCCAGAUGAUCUUCACCUUCAUGCAGAUGUACUUCAUAUUCAUGAAUGCCCGGCUGAACAUCCACCGCUUCAAGGUGAUCGCCCGCUUUGGCCUGAUGCACGUGGUGGCCACCAACAUUUGCGUGUGGAUCCGCACGCUGGUUAAGGAGUCGCUGCUGGAGAUCACGAUCUAUCACCAGAAGAACGAGCCGGAGGCCGGCGCCUCCUCCAUAGCCCACUCGAUCCGGCAGCAUGCCCUGCGGCACGCGGGCACCGUGCUGCGCACCCAUGCGGGACCCAACAGCGAGUUCGAGGUGCUCGACGGCGAGGACAUACUGCCCAAGGAUGUGUACAAGAGCGACAAUGUGCUGUCCAAGCUGGUGCGCAACACCGUCGAUGGCAUUUCGAAGAGCCUGGGCAUGGGCGGUGACCAGGCGAUCGCCAGCACCACUGGCGGCAUCACCACGACGACGACGACCACAAGGGCGCCGUUCACCACACCGAACUACCAAUGGCACAGCACUACUAUGGCCCGCAAGCUGAAGAAGUUUAUCACCAGCGCCACCACCGCGGCCACAACGGCGGCGGGCAGCAGCAGCACCGCCAGCAGCACCACCAUAUCACCGACCAUCAGUAGCACCACCAUUCCGUCGACCACCAUCAGUAGCACCACCAUCACAUCGAGCCCCACCUUCAGUCCAUUUAGCCCAUCCACCACCACCACCACCACCGCUGCCGCCCUGAAUCUCGAGACCAGCGGCAGUGAAUCGCCCUUCGGCGGCCUGCAGCGCAUCCUCUCCAGCGCUGCGCCGCCGAGCCUGGCGCCAGUCGAUGGGUUCGGUUCCGCUUCCGCUGCCACGCCCACAUUCGGUUCCGGUUCCGGUUCCGGCUUAGGUGCCAAUGCCGGCUCCUUCGUAGACAGCUUCCUGGCCAGCACACUGAGCCCGGCCAGCAGCACCGAGGGCUCGGCCAGCAUCAUGAACAACCUCUUCGGCCAGGGACCGAUGGAGAACAGCUUCCAGACGUACACCGAUCUCGGCCACGAGGAGGCCACCGGUCUGGUGAGCUUCGAGAAUCUGGAGAGCCUGGACAACAUAUACCCGGCGGCGCUGUCCUCCAAUAUCGGCACACUCAACUCCACCGCCUGCGGCCGCAUCGACAUAAUGGGCACCAUUGUCUACGAUUCGGCGCCCUACCUCUAUCCGUUCAUCAUCGAGUAUUCGCUGAUCGGGGCGGUGGUGUUGUAUGUCAUGUGGAAGCACAUCGGCCGCUAUCCGGGCCGCAUGAACGACGAGGAUCUGGAGCAUCGGCUGGGGGGGAUGCUGUCGCGUCGAGCGGUGGCCAUGGCGCAGCAGGCGCGAUCCGGACGCGUCGACUGCGUCGGCUCGUCGAAGGGCCUAUUCUUUGGGCUCCUGCUGCUGGUCGGGGCCCUCAUCUGCCUGAUACUCUUCUUCGUCUUGGUGCGCCAUCAGCAGUUCUCGCUGUUGGCCAUUUACCUCGCCGACGCCAGCCACUGCAUCCUGAUGGCCUUCGCCAUACUGGCCAUUAUUGUGGGAUUCAUCAGGGUCAAGAACCUGAAGUUCCGCUGCGAGGAGCAGUCGAACCUGAACGACAUCUUGCUGCGCAUCUCGGCCUUCGGCCUGUUCACCUACUCCGUGUUCAGCAUCAUUGCCGGCAGCUUGAAGGUGCUGGAGAGCGAGCCCAGCCUGCUGGUGACGACCACCGGUGGCGUGGCCGUCUUCCAGGUGAUCCUGCAGCUGCUGUUCAUCGCGGACGUGUCCCGCCGUCGCGUCCACCUGCCGGAGCACGACCGGAGCAAGCCGGGCCGCCAGAUUGUCACGUUCCUUCUCAUCUGCAACGUGGCCAUGUUCGCCAUCUACACAUUCGAAGCUCAAAAAGUAUUCGCCAAUCCUGUAAGUAGAUAUGUUCAGCUGGAGUUCUACGGCUUUGUGCCCUGGUCGAUCAUCCAGCGCAUCACACUGCCGCUGUGCAUCUUCCAUCGAUUCCACAGCGCCGUGACACUCGCCGAGAUCUGGAAGACCACCUACAAGGCACGCCUGGAGUAAAGUGAUGGCGCUGGCGAUGGCUGGUUCCCGAUGGUACCCGAUGUCUAUAUAGGCCGAUGAUGGGUGGGAGUUAUGAAAAUGCACCAAAAACCGAAAUGUAGCGAGCCCAGAACGCAAAAGUGAAGCAGUUAGGUUCUAAUUACGUACUAAACAUAUAUGCAUACUACAUAUAAUAUAUACAUUAGUGCAGAAUAUGUACGAGAGCGUAUUAUGACUUUUUUUGUUUGAGGAAACCAAAGCGUAACGAAAUGAGUGACGAAACGAACGAACCAAUCGGACCAAUCUGCGCGAUUAACAAUUAACAAUUAACGAUUGCCAACCGAUAACGAUUGCAGGUCGCUUCUUCAUUUCCCCCCACCCCACUUUUCUUCUUAUAUUUUUUUUUUUUUGUUUACUUUGUUAACUCGUGGAGAACUUAAGAACCUAAGAACUAAGUCAUAGCGUUUACAGUUGAACCGAAAACCUAGAGAACCGAUAACCGAUAACCGAGAACCACGGCACAUGUUUUUAAUCUGAGUUACGUAUUUAAUUUAGUUUAGUUUAGUUUUGGUCUCUAACACGCUGCAAUAUCUUGUUACUAAAUCGGAACUACAAGUUAAUAUUAAUUUCAUAAUUGUUUAACCAUUAUCCGCUUCGGCAACCGAAACCAAAAACAAAAAAAAAACGAAAUCGAUUAAAAAUUCACAUUACAAAUAAGAUGGAAAUUAUUCUGAAAACACAUAAAAAAAAUGGUUGUUUACUUUUCGCGUGUUUUUCGCGACUGCGAAUGAGGGAAAUUCCCGUGACUAUACACUGAAACACAAAACAGGGACACUCAAUGCAAUGCCAUGAAGAACGCGGCCACAGGAAACGGAAACGAAACGGUAAAUGUAACAAAGCCCGGAAACGGAAACGAAAUUCGAUCUGAUCUGACUAUUCCGCCAAUCGAGAACAACAACAACAAGAACAACAGUAACAGCCGAACAACAACAAACUGUGAUGAAUUCAUAUGAUUUACUGCUAUAAUUUGCUACUCCAUUACAUUUCCCGAUUUUCCCGAAUUUCCCCAUUUGAUUUAACCAUUAAGCCCCUUCGUUUUUAUUCUCAGCCACAAGUCACUAACUGAGUUGACACAACUUUUGUAAGAAUUUAGAAACAAUGGCGCUAAGACAACUUCAUGGCCAAUUGUAAAAACAAAUUGCCCGAAACACCAUAACUAAAAACAAAAUAAUACAAAAAACAAAAAAAAACACAAGAACCAGAGAAAACAAAGAAAAUUGUGGCAUUUAAUGGCCAGAAAUACAAAAAACAAAACAAGAAAAAACAAAAAAAAAACAUUUUUAAUAUACAUUAUAUAAAAGUUUAUAAAUGUCCAUUUUUUGAUUAUUAGUAGUGAUGUUAAAAGAAAAACAUAAUUAACGGUAAAAAUAAUAAUAUGUAUGUAUGUUAUAGCAGAGAAUCGGAUAAACCAAACCAAACCAAAAAAACAACACAAAUUCUUAAGCAACACACUCGAAAAAAAAUGAGAAAUUGCGAAGCAAACGAAAAUCUUUCCAAGUGAAUCCCCGCAUUUAUGAAUGAAAAUUUUAGCUAAAGCGAUAUGGAAAAUGAAGAGGAGUCAUUCUGCCGAUGAGAUGACCGGAAAAAAAGCGUAUAGGAACGGAAAAACCAUUGACAAGCAUCAAAUUGUUUACAAUUUACAAUGUUAAAAAGGAAACGAACAUUUUGAAAGAUAUAUAUGCCACGUAUAUCUAUAAAUAUAUGUAUACUAACCCACCAAAUUCAAAGUAUUUCAACGUUUUAUACAAGGAGACGAUGCGCAAGACAAGAGAUCGGGACAGCUAACCCCCUGUCCUGACCCCUUCUGGAAUCCAAAUGCCCAGAGAAUUCCUCUCCAUAAAACCAAAUCACUCAUCCACAUUUCCAUUCCCAUACCCAUAUCCAUACCCAUAACCAUCUCCAUAACCAAUUCCCAUUCGAAAUACAGCUGCAACUCGAGUCAGAAGGCAUCAGUUCGCUAAAGACCAAAGAAGAUAAACGAUUAAUUGAGAAUCCGAUUAUAAUCUGUAAUCAUAAUCCAGUCUGCAAGUCUAUAUAAUGCAUGUUAACUGUAGGCGCGGGGAGUUCAACAAGAAUACGUAUUCAAUACUCGUAAUCCAAUCAAAUGUAAUGUGGUAGCAAGCUAGGUAAACCAAGCCAAAAUCGAACAAACCAUAAGUAGUUCAGCACUCGCUCAGUCACCCACGCGGAUCUGGAUCUGGAUCAGGAUCAGGAUCAGAAUCAGCAGGAUCGUAGGAUCCGUAUCCGGGGAAUCAUAUAUCCAAAGUUUGCGAAUCAAAUUCAGUUUGAAACUUGUACUUGCGUAGGCUCUUAGAAAUUGUACUUGAAUGCAUACGCUACAUAAAUCACAUACAUAUAUAUAUAUAUUUAACUAUGCAUAUAUAUAUAUAAAUAUAUAUAUAUAUAUAAAUUUAAUUGUUUUUUCCUUAACAUUUAGUUAAACGUAAGAUCGAAUCAUAUUUUAUGCCGUACAACCGAACAGAAAAGUGUGAGCAGAAAGAAAUAUUUAUUAAAUGUUUCAACUAAGUUGUAUAAUUAUAAGUGAGAGUUUACAUAAUGGAAUUAUGUAUCUGUAUCUAAGCAAGAGCAAAACACUGACAACAUUUUGGGGCAACAGCGUCGAUGAAAAGCGAGUUGGGAAUUCGAGUAACGUUCAAAUUGAAACUCAAUUGACAGAAAAUGAAAAUUCAGACAGAAACUUAACGCACAAGAACAAACAAGAACAAACAUGAACAAACAAGAUCAACACCAAAGCAGCAGCUAAAUCCCAUGAAAUAUACAAAACUUAAUGAACGGAAACAAAAACAUGAACAACUUAUAUACUCGUAAGUAUAAAGACAAUUUCAAUAACUGAUAAAUAUAUAAAUAUAUAUAUAUAUACAAAGUGAAAACCAAAACCAAAACCAAAAGUAAAAGGCAAAUCAGCAAAAUUUACAUGCAUUUCAAAUACAUUUCCCAUAACCGCAUCAACUAAACAAUGAAAUCAAGUAAAGCAACAAUUACAAACGAAAGUUAAAGUGGAUAAAACGAUUCGACGAAUGCGAAUGAAUAUUAUAAAUUAUAAAUAAUGGAUGUGCGAACGCAAAUGCUCAGCAACAAGAAACAAGAACAAAUUCAUACAACAAAUUGUAAGCCAUUUUUUAAUCAUUGUCGCAUUUAAGAAACGAUAACAAAAACAAAAGCGAAUACAAAAUUCAAGCGCGAUUCAUUUUGUUCAACAACACACAACAAAUACUCAUGCCAUACACACACCCAAACACACACAUUCACCACACUCACACUGACAUUCACUCAAUACUGAGUUCAUUGCAUAACGAAUACAAAUUGAAAUACAAACAUUGAGUAAAAGUUUGAUGGUAAACGAAGUAAA